AUGAUGACGAAGCUGUUCUUGAGUACAAUUUUCUGUUCAAUACUCGUGUCAUAUGUGUCCUCCAUUUUUACAGCAGAGAAAAUGAAGGCCAUGGAUGAUACCGCUGAUUAUGUCACGCAGUUUAUGAAACACCAAUGGAAUGACCCAGAAGCCAGCUUCAAUAGUUGGAUGGCCCCUGAUGUGAUAGUCAAAUUCAAAGGAAAAGAGAUUGAGAAAAAGUACUUUCUUGACGAUGCAAAGGCUUUCAGAUACGAACACAUCGUGAAGGAGCCAUUUGAACGUGUAGUCGAGGAGAGCGGGCUCAUCCGUCGCUGGAAAAAGGGCAAUAAAGUCCUGUCUUUCAAAUUUAACGGCGACCACAUUUCUAACAACAUCAAAAUUGUCGAGAUAGAGAUACCAGGAAUAUACUCAAACACCCCCUAA